CCUAUACAAACCUCAGAUCAGGUCGAGGAAGCGCCCCAGUUCACCCCUAACCUAGAGAAAGUAGACGAGCAAGCACACAUGAUGACAGACCACGAAACUAAAUCUAAAAAAAAACGUGGGAAUAAGAAACAGGAAAAGCGUGAGAGAGAGAGAAAGGAAUUGAAGGAGCAGAAUAAGGGCGAAUCUGACAUCGAGCAAGAGCAGGAACAAGCCAACUUAAUGAUCAGCAAUGAAACUACAGCUAGGAAGGAACGUAAAAAGAGAAAGAAAAAGGAAAAGCGAGUCAUGAAGGGCACAUCUGACGUCGGGCAGGAACAAGAACAUAUAAAUAUAAGGACAGAAACUGCAGCUAGGGAGGAACGUAGGAGAGCGAGAAGGGAAAAGCAAGACAGGAAGAAAUUAGAAUACCCUGCUACGAUGGAUGAACAAACGAGGAACGAAAACACAUUCUACUUGUCAGCACAAACGCACAACGCUGAUAGGGAAAUGGGGGUUGAUGGUGAAACAGAGGUUGGUGUUGAGGCGGAGGCAUCGGAUACCGAAAUCCAAGAUUAUACAAAUACUCACCAACCCCCUGGCAGGAAGAGGAGGAGGAAACUACAGAAGGAAUCGGAAGACAAGGAGGAGUUACUUAUUAUUAUGAAUGAUUAGAUGUGAGUGCUUUAGAUGUGUGACGUAAGCAAAUCAUAAGGUUUCUUAGAUACACUGUCGUGGGUAAAUGUCCAGUAUUCUGUCCAUUCUAUUAUCGAGACAUUUUGCGUUUUGGAUGAAGAUUGGAUCAAGAUGUCUUAAUUAAGACGCGAUUCUAAAGCUAAAUCGGAGCGUUUAAGAUCUUUAUAAUGUUGCCAAUCAUAACCUGUGUUUUCAUUUUAUACGCAUAAUUUUAGGACCGUUAAGUGUAGAUUGAAACACACAUUUAUUGGUCUAAGACUUCAAGUCUAAAGAUAAAGUGAAUUUGAAGGUUUAAUAAGUUCAAUGAAGAUGGUAUCCUAUUAAAGAUACAAAACAAAGCAAAUAUUUUUUACAAGAUAUGUACCUGUAAGUAAAAUGUGAUAUAUAAGAAAUAUGGAAGCAUUUUGCAAUGUCUCAUUUCUUUUAUGAAAUUGUUUCAUUUAUAGCAUUUUCCCUAAAUUGAACGUAAGGAAUUGUUACUUUCUUUGUCAUGUUUAGAUCAUUUAGCCAACUAAACCUUAAUACGUAAGCAGAAUAAACAUGUAUACAUUAAAACAGUAUUUCAAUUCGAAAUGGAAUUUUACUAACAAUGCUUCUUUCAAUUUUUAAAUCGCCAAUUUUAUUUUCCUUAUAUGUCAAUGAUUGUGAAAUGCAAUUUUUAGAAGAAAAAUUGUACAUCUUUUGAAAUUAAGUUACUCAUUUUUUUCUUAAUAAUGUACGCUGUUGACAUGAUCAUUGUUGCAGAAACUUCGUGACGUUUCAUUGUGUCCAUUUAGACAUUGUAGACGACUUUAAUUACCUUUGCGUUUUAUUGAAAGUUUCGUAAAACGCAACAAAAAG